GGUAUUUGGCUGGCAGUGGUAGCCCCGCCCCCUCACCGCGAUUUGGGACACAGACUUAGAACAGUCAGUGGAGUUCCUACGCCUCCUAGUCAUCCCAGCAACCAGUGACGCGGCUCGCCUGAGGUCAACCACUGGCCAACUGGGGAAAGCGGGACUGCAGCGUGACCCCUUUUCCGAGCCGCCUCCCAGCUCCCCCUAUUCGGCGGCCGAGCGCUCCGCCAGUCCCUUCCUCCCUUCUCCUUAGUCCCGCAGUCUAGGAGGCAGGGGUCGGCGAGCCAGCUGAGUGGGAACCGCGUGGUGUACAAGGAGCCAUUCGGCGACCGGUGAGGGGACUGAGGGGCUAGGAGGGCAGGGUUGGCGCGGGGCAGCGAUUUCCAACUGUCGCCGGUCCUCGCCCCUCCGCUGUGGGCUGCUAGCGCCUGCAGCUGUUGCGAGCGCCGCCCCGGCAACGAGUGACGCUAAGGCACGCUGGGCGGCCUGCUCCUCCCAGGCCUUGCCCUCAGCCUGUCCUCGCCCUUCUUCCCCCGGUCACCUUCGGGCCCGCAGCCCCACGACGCAGAUAUCACCAGGCUAAGACGGAUUAAAAGGGCAGCUUUAGCUACCAAGCUCUGUCGGCGUUAAUCACCCCCGAUUCCUCAAUACGUCUUUGGUGCCCUGUCUAGCCCUCAAGGUGGACUGGCGCCGUGGGAGAGGAGCUGAGGUCGGAAGAGUUUCGCCAAGCAACUCGUGACGACCACCGUUGACUGAAGCGCCCGGAAUUGGCUGCGCUGCGACCUUCUCAGAUUUCCUCCCAGGGCAAGUUCCAGCAUGGGGUGAAGUACAGAAGAGAGACUUGAAGGGUGUACUCUGGGUACAGAACAUCCUGCUUCAAAGGCAUGAGAAGAGAACAUCCUGUAUUGGCCACUCCUGCCCAAUGUGGAGGGGAGCAGAAGCUCCUGAGCCCACCCCUGAAGGGUUGCUUUCACCCAGGUCCAGAGUUGCUUUCUCAAGGUUAGGCCAGAGAACUUUGAAGCUGUGUACCAGUGUGGAGUGGUUGUUUAUCAGGUAUUGUCCAAAGCCAAGGUGCAGUACUUUGGGGUUUCUCAGAUACCAUCCUUUGCCCAGGCCCCAGCCCUUUCUGAUACUUUUUGCCCAGGCUUCUGCUUACGUAUGGGUUUAGGCUUCAUCUCAUUACCCUCCUUGACCUUCCAGGUCUGGCUGGGUUCACAUUGGUGACUUAGGAAACCAGGGUCUCAGAGGAAGGUUAUCGAUGUGGUCUAGGGGAGUUUUGGAAAACUGGUCUGCAGAUUCUAGGUUCCUUUUCUGGUAAGCAGGCUCUGUGGCCCAGGGGCUUUCUCAUUGCCCAUCCCUUCUUGGUGUUUCCUAGUGUAUCUCCAGGCUAAGACCUCUGGCCUAAGGACAGAAAACUGGCUGGGUACUCCUCAUCCCCUCCCAAGCAGAGUUUUGGAGGCAAACUCCCUCUCUGAAUCCCUCCUGCCCUUCGUGGUGGCAUGAAGACCUCCUUCCCCAUAUUUCUAGGAGUCCUAUGGCUUUGCCUCUUCUUGGAGAAUGGAAAGCAGGAGAUGGCCUAGCUGAGGAAGUUACAAGAAAUGAGGGACUCUGUGCUCACCUGGCCAUUCCCCAAGGUGUAGCUGUUACAGCUUUAACUGUAGCGUACAGUGACUUUCUCCCUAUAGGGCUCGCAGUGAAGGGUGAACUUGGCUGCAGCGCACCCUAGAAAAAGACACAGUCUGCUUACAAGAAAAGGAACCUAGAAUCUGCAGACCAGUUUUCCAAAACUCCCCUUCUUCCCUUUGCCACUUCCUUUCUAGGCCUUCAGAAAACGGAAAAUAACACGCAGUUUGAGGAGGUGCACCUUGGCGUGGGAGUGGCACACAUCCCUGCCAGCCUGCAUUCCGGGGACUCCACCCCCCCACGCCCGGCCUGGCCCUCACCAUGCUAGCUGCAUCAGAGAUGGCGGCAGCAGCAGGAAGGCCUUACAUAUGCAGUGAGUGUGGCAAGAGCUUCCGCUACAGUUCGGUGCUGCUGCGUCAUGAGCGUGCUCAUGGCGGUGACAGCCGCUACCGCUGCCUAGACUGUGGUGAGUGCUAUGCCCUGGCUGCUGACCUCCGUGCGCACCGACGCGCCCAUGCUGGCCAAACACUCUACAUCUGCAGUGAGUGCGGCCAGAGCUUCCGCCACAGCGGCUACCUCGACCUGCACCAGAGUGUACAUAGACAGCGCAGCCGCUCCUGCUCUUGCCGUGCCUGUGGCCGCAGCUUCCCACACCUCCCGGCUCUGCUGCUGCACCGGCGCCGCCUGCAUCCCCCAGAGCGGCCCCGCCGCUGUCCGCUGUGUGCCCGCACCUUCCGACAGAGCGCGCUACGCUUCCACCAGGCGCGCGCACACCCGUGGGGGUCACCCAUCACACCCACCGACCCAUUGCACCGCUGCGCACAAUGCCCACGGGCGUUCCGCAGCUACGCAGGGCUGCGGAGCCACGCCCGCGUCCACGUGGCCCGGAGCUCUGGAGACUCCACACCUCCACAGCUUCAUGCUCCGGGUGCACACCAGUGCAGUGUGUGUGGGAAGAACUUUGGUAAGAGCUCAACACUAACACGACACCUGCAGAUUCACUCAGGUGAGAAGCCCUUCAAGUGCCCCGAGUGUGGAAAGGGCUUCUUGGAGAGUGCCACGCUCGUGCGCCAUCAGCGCACACACACAGGUGAGAAGCCCUACAUGUGCGGGGACUGUGGACGCCGGUUCAGCGAGAGUUCCACCCUUUUGCGCCACAGGCGCAGCCACCAGGGAGAUCGGCCCCACGCAUGCACUACAUGUGGAAAGGGCUUUGGGCAGCGCUCUGACCUAGUGGUGCACCAGCGCAUACACACAGGCGAGAGGCCCUUCCCAUGUGCUGAGUGCGGCCGCCGCUUCAGCGACCGUUCUGACCUCACCAAGCACCGGCGCACACACACAGGCGAGAAACCCUACCACUGUGAGUUGUGUGGCAAAUGUUUCACGUGCGUAUCUAACCUCAACGUGCACCGGCGCAACCAUGCUGGUCACAAGCCCCACAAAUGCCCUGAGUGCGGCAAGGCCUUCAGCGUGGGGUCCAAACUGGCACUGCACCGCAAGACACACCUGGGCGAGCGGCCAGCAGAAUGUGCUGAGUGCGGCAAGUGUUUCAGCCACAGUCGCUCGCUCUCACAGCACCAGCGGGCCCACACACGAGCGCGUGCCGCCACCGCUGCCACCCAAGCAACCGCAGGAGCUGCCCUCAUCUUUGCAGGGCAGGCAGAACAGGAGAAACCGGACUUUUUGUGUCCCAGCUGAGGGAAACUUGCUGAGAAGCUUCUCUGGAAUGGGCUCAGCAAGUACCAAUAUACUGCCACAGGGAUGGUGGGGCAGCUCUGCAAAUGGGAGUCUGUAUAAAAACAGCAUGGCUGUCUGUCACCCCCUGUCACGCCCCUACAUCCAUUUCCCUUGUCAGCUCUUCCUGUCCAUCCUUCCUGCUACCUCUGGGGUAUAGGUGCAGGGAACUGGGAAAACCUAGACAUGGAAGAAAGCCCAGGUAUUGGUGUGUUCCCAUUGCUGCUACUGUGCCCUCAAAUGUUUUCUUCCUGGUUUCCCACCUAUAUUGUCUUCUCUUGUCCCAUCCCCUUUUUCCAGCCUGAGUCUCCUCUAGCUCUCCUUCCUGGAUACUUUUGUUGUCCUGCCUCUUCAGGUAAUGAUCACAGGGUGGCCACAGGGACAACCCACCUGCCUUGCGGUCUUCUUGCCUCCUGGUUCCACUUGACAGCUUCUCUGCUGCUUUCUCCCUGGGCUCUGAGAGAUGGGAAAUUUUUAGGCAGAGAUGAUGAGAUUUCUCAUUUCUGUGAAAGGCAUCCUGCCAUAAGCAAUCAGCCUGCCGCCCAGCAGAGAAGGCCCACUCCAGUGAGGGUGGGCAGGAGCCCUCAGCAAAGCAUCCACCUGUCCCAUGGGCCAGACCUGAUGGUGUCCAGAUCAAGGUCCCUCUCAGGACACUGUUCUCUAGCUAGGUGG